AUGGACAAUAAAUGUUUAAAUUUAUCUAAAACAACACCAAAAUCCCCUUCACUUUCUGAUCGUUUUCUUUGUUCUUCCCCAAUAUUAACAGAAUCUUUAUUAAAAUUACAACAAAAUAAUGAAGAAGAAGAAAAGGAGGAAUUAAAAGAUUCUUUCAAAACAAACAUAAAAUCAUCAAAAAUUUGGCCAAAUUUAAGUUUAACAAAAAUAAACAGAGAAAGUUUUAAAAAGAAAAAACAACAACAAAAACAACUUUCUCGUUUCGAUUUAAUUUUAUUACGAGCAUUUCAACAAAAUAAUAACGAAAAUACUUCUUUGUUACCCCCACUUCCUUUAUUUACUGCUUCAGAUUCUUUAUGUUCUUCUGAUGGGGCAAGUAGACAUAAUUCUUUAGAAAUGUUGGGAACAUUUGGAGAUUUUAAUGAAAAAUUUAAUUAUUAUGAAGAAGAAGAGGGAGAGGAGGAGGGAAAUGAGGAAGGGGAAAGUUUAUUUUGUUCUAAUAAUUCUUCUGCUACAACAUCUGCUAGAGGAUCUGCAUGUUCGGCUUUAUUACAUUCGGAUGAAUGUGCUGCCGUCUCUGUAUUUCAAGGAAUUAAAAGAGAAAAUGAACAGGAAGGAGGAAAUGAAUGGAAUGAACAAAAAGAGAGGACUUCUGAAAUGAAUGAUCGUUGUCAUCUACAAAAUUUGCUCAAAAAUGAUAAAGAAUCAAAUGAUAAACAAAUUGUACUUAAGAAUACAAAUAUUUGUACAGAGACAGAUCAGGAUAAUGAAGAGGAUGAAGAAGAACAAGAUGAAGAAGGUGGUGGAAGUGUACGUAGUGCUAAGGCAAAUUCUUCGUCCGGUGUUUCUUCCUCCCCAGUUGGAUUACCAGUUAAUAGAACGGCAGCAAAAAUAGUUCGUCGUCAUUCAGCUUUUCAAUUAUCCUCUCAACGAAUUAUUUUACCCCCACAUCCACCCAAUAACAAAAAUAUUAAAAAAAUCAACGUUGGACUUGUCCAUUCAUUGCAGCCAUUAUCGGGUGUCCAAUCAAAUGAGCAACGGCAAAUGUUGGCAAUUCAACAACAAAAUAGACAAUAUUCACAACAAAAUGGUAAACAACAACAAUUUUCUAAUAAUCCAAAUUCACAUUCGGUAGAAAUUGUAUCUAGUAGUAGCUGUAGCAGUAUUGGACAUCAAUGCAAACCAAUGUGGCAAUUACUUGAGCAGCGCACUGAUGGGCUGGAAAUUGCCUUUGAGCGCUGCAAAAAUUGGUCUAAAUAUGCCUCCCAAUUGCUUUCCUUUGCACGUGCCAGACUUUCAUUAGAACAAGAAUAUAGCCAAAGAUUACUUAAAAUGUCAGACCAACAAUUAGGCCCUCUAACAAACCAACAAAUAGAAAACCAAUUUUCUUCGUUAGAUCAAAAAAUGCCUUUAUCUCUUUUAUUUGGACAAUUAAUGGAGAAUACUAAACAAUUUGCAAGUAGGGCUGAUUCUACUGUACAACAAUUACAACAAAGAUUUAUUGAGAGCUUAGAAAGUCGUCAAAAAGAACACAAUAUAAGAAGAAGAAAGCUUAAAGUUGAAUAUGCAAAACAACGAAAGCAAAUGGAGACAUGUGUCGAAGAACUUCGAAGAGCUCGACAAACACAUACAAAUAAAGGAGAACAAUAUUUACGUGCUCGGGAAGUAACAAUUCGUCAAGAACGUGAAUGCCAUCAAAUACUGCCAAUAAAUACACAAAAACAACAAAAUUUAUUAAUUCGGAAUAGUGAAGGAAAUAGCAGUUUAGGACAACAACAAAUAUUUCAAAAAAGGCGUAAAGAAGUAGAAAAACGUAGAAAAGUUGAAGAAGAAGCUUUAAAUAGAAAAGAAGAUGCUGAACAAGAAGUUUGUAGAUUAGAGAGGGAAUUGGAUGGAUAUAGAGCUAAAUUGAAUGAAUUGAGGGUAAAUUUGUUGUUUUGA